AUGGGGUUUAGCAUUGGUUCCGGCAGCAGAAGGUACUCGGGGAUAUGGUGUACAAAUUCGGUCACAUCAGUUCCAUGGGUGACUAAUAGGGAAGUGCCCCUCAACGAUACAUCAGGCGUUGUAGAAGUUACAGACCAGGGGACCCUUGUCUUUCUAGAUGGUAAUCGCAACAUCGUUUGGUCAUCCAAUUCAUCGAGGCUUGUUCGGAAUCCGGUCGUGCGGCUAUUGGACUCGGGAAAUGUUGUUGUGAAAGAUGAGCUAGAUAGUAAUCCACGGAACUUCAUUUGGCAAAGUUUUGAUUAUCCUGGCAAUACAUUCAUUGCAGGGAUGAAGAUUGGGAGAGACUUAAGAACCGGCCUGGAUCAAUACUUAUCGUCUUGGAAAACUGACGAUGAUCCUUCUGUAGGAAAUUUCAUGUAUCGAUUCGAGCUCGGUGAAUUUCCGGAGAUUGUAGUUCGAGAGGGUUCGACUGUUAGAUUCCGGUCCGGACCUUACAAUGGUGUGCGGUUGAGUGGGUUACUUGAGAUGCAAGAAAACCCCAUGUAUACUUACGAUUUUGUAUUUAAUGACAAUGAGGUAUAUCUAACAUUCAUUCCUCGUAAUAACUCAGUUCUUUUAAAGGGAUUGCUAAGUAGUGAGAAUGGAGCUAUAGAACCCUUUACAUGGAUAGAUCCGAAUCGAGGUUGGAUUCGAGAUCUUCUACUUUGUGUAGAUAAAUGUGACAGAUAUGCCUUAUGUGGUGCAAAUGGCAUAUGUGACAACAAUAGGUCUCCUGUGUGUAGUUGCAUGACGGGUUUGUACCCAGAAGCUCAAGCGAAUGGGAAGCAACACCCGGGACGAGAGGUUGUGUGA